AUGUUCGACAUUGAGCUGCUCCGCCGGGGCUGGGGCUUUAUUAUUCUCAACAUCAUCCGCGCCUGCAACAUGGCAGUCCUGACCACCAUUGCCAUUGCGUCGAUAGUCUUCAUGAUCGUGGCCGGACUGCCCAAUGCCUGGAUAUUCUUCAGUGACGUUUUCCUGGCUUGCAUUGUCUGUAUGUGCGGAUUUCUCGCCUUGUCCGAGACGCAGUACUUUGGCACAUGGAUGAAUCGUCACUGGCCUGCCUUUGGGCCGAGGCGUGGUUUCAGCUGGCUGGGUUACUCCAUGAUCAUCAUGGCGUCGCACCUCCUUGGCAAGCUGAGCGACGAGCGCUUCUCCCAGAAGAAGAUGGGCCCAGUCUUCUGGAAUGUCUGCGUUGCGGCAGGAAUCCUGGGCUACAUCUUUGGCCUUGUCAAUCUCUUCUCGACGUGGUGGUUUGGCGUUCGUCUUGACCGCUACGUUCGUGUCUACCGGGCCACAGGCGUCACUGAGGGCAGGGAGGAUCCCAAGACUGGUCUUCCACGCGUCAACAAGAGCGACAAGCAAUCAUUCUCCGACACUGAAUCGAUGAAGGGGAGUCUUCCGAUAUAUGCUCCCAACGUCUACCUCCCAGGGCAACACAGCAUGCCUCCGUCGAUAGCACCAACCAGGCAGUCUUCAACGCGAGGACCCACACCGAGCCCUUACGGACAUCCUCAGGCUCCGCCGCUUGGUUUCGGUGGUAGAGGCGCACCAGGUGCGGGAAAGAGUAAUGAUGAUGAUAUUUCUUCAUGUUCUGAUGGGGAUGAUAGGGCCACCGCGUUAGAUGAUAAUGUUUCUCAAUUUUCUGUACCUAGCAGGCAACAGCAAAUGUCGCCGAUUGCUCCGGGCCUUCUCCGGCCGGACAGUUCUUUGCAUCCAGCUCACCGAAGGCAUCCCAGUAACACGUACAGCGUAGCAUCUCACUUUACCGGCUGGGGACGAGGUAUCUGA